AUGACUGCCAAAGCCGCUGAUCAAACAGAAAUCAUGACAGAGCUGCUGGAUCAGUCUGAGAACAAUCUGCUCGAAUGCAAAGUAUGCUUCGAAAAUUUUAACCCCGAGAAAAAGCAUCGGCCGAAGAACUUGCCAUGCGGGCAUGUGAUGUGCCUGGAGUGUGUCAUGUCUCUGGCCCACCCUCGGAAUUCCAGGCUGGAGUGCCCUUUCUGUCGAAGGGCUUGCAAAGCUUCAGAGACUAGCGACUGCUUGCCGUUGUUGCACCUGAUGGAAAUCUUGAAUCCUUCAGCCAACCGGACUCCGGUUGUUGGGAAGACAGUAGGGAGAAAGGAGGCUGUGGCUGCCCCUGGAUCUCAGCUCUUCACCUUUCACCUUUCUUUCGGAGGCUGGGGGACGCUGAUCAACCCCACGGGGCUGGCUGUGUGUCAGAGCUCCAGCUGUUUAGCCGUGGCCCACGAUGGCAAGAAGCGAAUCAAGCUGUUCAGCUUCAGUGGCAGCUGCAUACAGCAGUUUGGAGAAAGAGGGCAAUCCGGAAAUGACCUCAGGUACCCGACUGAUGUCGCAGUCACGCUGGACGGUCACAUUGUGGUCACAGAUAGCGGGGAUCGUUCGGUCAAAGUGUUCGAUUGUGACGGCAGAGGCAAAAUGGUCAUCGCGGAGUCCUUUUCCUUGCCGUGGGGCCUUGACACCCUGCCCCAAGACGACAUCCUCAUGACCGAUUCGGAGGCAGGUGCUCUGUACCGCUUGUCGGCUGACUUUAAAAAUGGAGAAUUAAAGGGAGUGAAGAAGUUGUAUUCUAACCUGUGUUAUCCGAGGAAAGUGGCUGCUUCGCCCGUCUCUGGAGCCAUCGCUGUCAUCGAACACUUGAUGGCCAGAGGGCCCUGCUACGGCAAUACCAGGCUGAAAAUCUUCAACAGAGACUUGCAACUAAUCGGUCAGGUGGACAGUUUUGGCCUGAGUCUUGUCUUCCCUUCCAAAGUCCACGCCAGUGCUGUGACCUUUAGCAGGGAAGGGCAAGUAAUAGUAACGGAUGCUUAUAACCAAGCCGUUUUCUCUCUUGGAAAACCCGAAGAAUUCCCUAUGUGUACACCACUGAUAACUCAGGGACUUUCCUACCCUUUGGCAUUAACUUUCAUAUCAGAUAAUUCUCUAGUCAUUUUAGACGGGGGCGAUCAUUCUUUAAAAAUAUAUGCUCUCAGCUAAGCAGUGGCCUCUGGGUGGGACUCAAACCAGCUGGCAAUUUCAAGGAAGAUAUAUACAAAAUGCUUAAUUCUCUGGCUGGUGGGUUUGAAUCUUACCUGGCUUAGCUGUAGUGGAUUUUGGUUCCAACAAGUUGAGACGUACUUAGCUCUGUAGCUUUGUACCUCCCUCCCCGAAUGGAAGGCAAUUUAUUUCUGAGUGAAACUGCACCGCAAAAUGAUCACCCCGUACUAGAAUUAAUGUAGUAAAAUAUAUGGAGCCACACGUGGCCUACUUUGAAAAUGUAUAUAUUUGGUUCUGGACAGGAUGAGUUUCUCUUGGGUUAUUGAUGGUACAAAGCCUUGACCCUUUCACUGGG